AUGUCAAAAUUUGUUUUCGAUAGUAUGCUGCCAAAGUACCCACAGUUUCAGCCAUUUAUCAGUUCGCACUUAACCACAACCCCCCCAAAUUCGUCAUCAGCAGCAGUUGCCGCCGCCUUCGCCGCAGCAGCCGCCUCAGCAUCCAGUGUCUCGUCGCCGGGAGUUCAUCCGGGCAGCAGUGCCAGCAACAGCCAUAGCAGCGGCCAUUUGCAAUCGUCCUCGCUGUCACCUAGCUCCAGUGCGUUGCAGCUCGGCAGCCAGCUUAACCAACAGCAUUUGAGCCAGUCGUCUAACUCGCCCGUCUCUUCUUCUUCGCCCUCAUCGACCGCGCAGCAACAACAGUCGCAGUACUCGUCCCUCUCGGCCGCUCUUCAACUCCAGCAGCAGCAGCACAUCAACAAGUUAGCCGCCGCUGCAGCUGCGGUAAGCUCCCAAGGAUCCGUCUCCGGUCUUGGUGGCCACCAGUCGCUGAGCCACGCCCAUCAGCAGCUGUUGCUGACGCCACCUUCGGCGGGCAACUCACAGACCGGCGACAGCAGCUCUUCGCCGUCUCCUGCGGCCAGCUCUUCGUUUGCUAUACCCACCAGCAAGAUGUACCCUUACGUGUCAAAUCAUCCCACCAGCCAUGGUGGCCUUUCCGGCAUGCCAGGCUUUUCGGGCCUAGAAGACAAGUCCUGCAGCAGGUACACGGACACAGUGAUGAACAGUUACCAGUCGAUGAGCGUACCUGCGUCGGCAUCCGCCAGCUUUGCCCAGUUCUAUCAGCACGCGGCUGCCUCUGCGGUGUCCGCAGCCAGCGCAGGAGCCAUUGGCGUGGACUCGCUGGGCAACGCUUGCACACAGCCCGCAUCCGGCGUGGUACCGGGAGCUGGUGGCGCAGGACAGAGUAUUGCGGAUCUACCUCGCUAUCCGUGGAUGACGCUCACAGAUUGGAUGGGAAGUCCCUUUGAGCGUGUCGUUUGUGGCGAUUUUAAUGGGCCCAACGGAUGCCCGCGACGUCGCGGUCGCCAGACUUACACUCGCUUCCAGACGCUGGAGCUCGAAAAAGAGUUCCACUUCAACCACUAUUUGACGCGGCGACGACGCAUAGAGAUUGCACACGCGCUCUGCCUAACAGAGCGCCAGAUCAAGAUCUGGUUUCAGAAUCGACGCAUGAAAUUAAAGAAGGAGCUGCGCGCGGUCAAAGAGAUCAACGAACAGGCACGCCGCGACCGAGAGGAACAAGAGAAAAUGAAGGCUCAGGAGACUAUGAAAUCCGCCCAGCAGAACAAGCAAGUGCAGCAGCAACAGCAGCAGCAGCAACAACAGCAGCAACAGCAGCAACAACAGCACCAGCAACAGCAACAACAACAGCAGGAUCAUCACUCGAUCAUUACACACAAUCCGGGCCACUUGCACCACUCCGUUGUCGGUCAAAACGAUCUCAAGCUUGGAUUGGGCAUGGGUGUCGGAGUAGGCGUUGGUGUCGGAGCUGGUAUUGGACCAGGUCUUGGAGCUGGCCUUGGUGGCAAUCUUGGAAUGAUGAGCGCCCUUGACAAGAACAAUCACGAUCUUCUCAAGGCGGUUAGUAAAGUCAACUCCUAAAUGUUGCGUGGAUAUUCUCUCAACUAUCAUCAUUACCGCUACUAUCACUAGCAUCUACUAUCCACCUACCGUAAUCGUCAUCGUCAAUGUCAUCGUCGUCGUCGUCGCUUGAUGCCUUGAGUUUGGCGUUUUUUCGUCUCUUCUGUGUAAUACGAAAAACAAAACAAAGUUGAUAACUCAAAUACGUAAAGUUUUACAUAGUAAAUAGUCGUUUAAGUCUACAUAUAACGGAUCAAAAUACAUGAACUUAUAACCAAGUACAUAUGUAUGUGCAUGCAUACAGUGCACAAGCCAGAUCGAUGACUGUGCACAGGGGGUCACAGAUAAUUUGUUUAUGAGUUGGCAAAUGGACAUGUAACUGCAAAGGCUUUAAUUAUUUUUAUAUAUUUAAAUAUUUGUAUCCCCAGAUUUGACUUUGUUAUACAUUUUGAUUUUCGUAUCGGUACUUCCUUAGACAUUAUUGCCUAUUUGAUAGACAGAAUUGCCUAGGAGUAUGAAACCAACUUGUUUCAAAUAGUUUCUUGUUCUAAUGCGCCUAAUUCAAAGGAUGUCCACCAGUUACAAUAACCCCCUGUGCACAGCAUAGUAAUAUUAAUGAUUCCAUCGAUCUAAUAAAAUAGCGGUAAAUGAUAAAGUAUUGCCAUCGAGAGCAAAACGCUGAAUCGUAGAGGUUCCCAGACUGGCAACAAUGAUUGGAAAUAACCAUGUUAAAUGAGCGAUAUUUUUUAGUCAAAUAGUCAGAUAGUCAAAAACUUCUGCAACGUGGACAUUGGCCCAUUGUCAAUGACCAAUUAGCGAGUUUAAAUGUAAAAUUAUUUACGACUGCUGUAGGAUUACAUAGUAUGAUAAAGAAACUCGUUUAACUAUGUUUAUGAAUAUAUGUAUGAAUUUAAAAAUAUAAUACCCCUACUUACUUAUAGAGAUAAAGAUUGUACGUACGUUCUGUACUCACAUACUAUUUAUUGGAAAUUUUUGUUUAUGUUCUUAAGUGAAAAACUCUUCCAAUGUUCUUUUUAUUGUGUUGCAUGUUUUGCUGUAAUUUGUUGUAUGCUUUUAAUGCUUUUAUAUUUUGCUUAGACGAAUUCUAAAUACAUUAGUUCCGUCAAUGCCAUAUUAAUAUUAAUUAUAAUACCAGUUUAAUGUAAAUCAUGAUAAACAAAAAUGCAAAAUGAAACAAAAAACAUUGAAUUACAAAAUAAAAAAAAAUAAAACUUAAAAAAAUGCGCAAACAUUUCCCCAUAUAAUAGAUUAGGUGUAUUGUAAUGUGUAACGAACGGUAUGCAACAUACCCAAAAGCAUAAU